AUGUCAAUAAAAAAGAAUUUGUUUUACAACAAAAAGGAGGACAUAAUUGAGGGUUAUCAAGACCAUGCACUGCAGGGCAGGUCACCACAAAUGGCAACACAUGCCCUCGUGUUUAUGAUUGGCGGAAUCCGUAAAAAGCUGAAACAACCAAUUGCUUAUUAUUUUUCUAGUGGAUCUGUGACUGCAGAUAGGCUGUCAGUUCUUAUAAAGGAGGUCCUGCAACAUUGUUUUGAUGCUGGAGUUAAUAUUUCAGCUACAGUGUGUGAUAUGGAUGGUGUGAAUAAGAGAGCUUUAAGUAUCUUGGGAGCAUCUGUAGAACAGCCAUAUAUUCUGCUAAAUAAUCGAGAAGUGGUUACCAUUUUUGAUACUCCGCAUUUGCUCAAAUGCUUUAGAAAUAUGUUUUUAAAAUAUGACAUUAAAUGUCCAACAAAUAUAACAUCAAAUGAUCAAAUUGGAUUUGGUGUUGCUAAAUGGAGCCAUAUAAAGGAGUUUUAUGAAACAGAUAACACCAAUCCCAAUUUUGUGUUUGCACCUUGCUUAAAACAAGAACAUUUAAAUCCAAAUACGAAGCAGAAGAUGAAGGUGAAGCUAGCUGCACAAGUGUUAAGCCACUCAGUUGCUGCAGGAAUGUAUGCUAAAAUUUCACAAGGGGAACUCUCUUCAGAGGCUGUCACUACAGCUAAUGUUAUUGCAAAUAUGGACAAGCUGUUUGAUUGUGUCAACGCAUGCACACCAGACCUAAGAAGGGGGAAACCAUAUUCGACAAACAUGACAAAUAAUACACCACAUCUCACACAUUUCACUUUAAUGAAGAAUUUUUUUAAAGAAAUGACGUUUUUGGGAUGCAAACGAGCUCCUCCAUCCCAAGAAGGUUGGAUAUGGUCCAUCAAUGGAAUAGAACGAAUUUGGAGAAAUCUCAGUUCUAAACAUAAAUCAAUAAAAAGUUUGGAAACAAGAAGGCUCCAGCAGGACCCGUUAGAAAAUCUUUUUGGAUGCAUUCGGGCCAAUUGCGGCUGCAAUUCAAAUCCCACUGCUGGGCAGUUUGUUGCGGGUCUUAAAACGGCUGUCCUUAGCAACUUAUCUUUUAUUGGGACAGGAAAUUGUGAAGAAGACCAAAAUCAAGUUAUAUUGACAAAUUUUAAAUCUUUAUUGUCUCCACCCACAGACACACACACUGCUUAUGCCACAAUUUUAACCGAUGAGUUAGAAGAAAGUGUAAAUUCUACAUUUGAAUGUAGCUUGGAAGAAAGCAGUGGCGAAAUACAAGCAUGUGCCUAUGUCUGUGGGUUUAUAGUAAAAAAUAAUCUCAACAAAUGUGAAAUUUGUGAAAAAAUUUUUGUAUCUGAGACACAAGAGAGAUCACAUACUUUUAUUAACUUUAAAGAAUAUAGUGAUCUAAAAAAGUCCCUUAAAUACGCCUCUAAAAACCUCAUUAACUGUAUUGAAAGUAGUGCUACGAUGAUUUAUGAUUUUUUAGAGGCAGAAGCAUAUAAAAAAAAAUUAAAAGGGACAAUUAAAGUUUUGUUCAAAAACUCAAUAAAUUGGGAGUUUCUUGAUGAAUGUCCAGAACAUAAAGAUAUGAAUAUAGAUUACUUAUUUAAUAGCGUAUUUCACAUUUGUAUGAAGAGAUUUUGUAUUUUGAAAAAUCGGCAAUUUGCAGAAGAGUACUCUGCAUCUGCUCUUAAAAGAAAAAUUGAUAUCUUGCAGAAUAAAUAA